AUCAUCAUCAUCAGCAGCAUGGGAAAUAACAUGGUUUCAUAUUCCUCAGAUCCCUCCGUGGUGGGUACCUGUCCUGCUCCAUCUCCUUCAUGGCAGUUGUUCAUUAGAUACCUGCAGGGAUAUUCAUUAUCCUCCUCAAAGCCCACAUAUACACACAUCCUUUUAGCCUCUUCCAUCGGAUUAUUCAUUGCCGCCGCCAUGCAUUACCGCCUCAGGAAAAUCAGAGACCAGAAAAUCAUGCCCACAAUAAAACAGCUGCCGGGAUCCGGCCAGAUCCUCAAGCUUGAAAGGUUCCCUCAUUAUGUAGCUCGGCAGAUGGGAUUUGGUGACAAGAAAGAGUGUCCAACCUUAUGCAAAUUGGCUGCAGAUUAUAUAAUAAAAUCAGGAGGGUGUGAGGAAGAAAUAUACAAUUUCUUUGCUAAUGAACCCGGAGCUGAUUCCCUGUUUAUAAAGCUAGUGGAAGAGUUGGAGAGGUUGAUUCUUAGUUACUUUGCAUUCCAUUGGAGCCAAGCGUCCAAUAUGAUUACUCAGGUAUUGGUCAGUGCAGAUCAAGCUUCUGAGGCAAAAAAGAAGCUGAAAAACAUUGUCAUGGAAGCAACUAGGGAGCAAAGGUUUGAGAGGGUGACCAAGAAUCUGAAGGUUGCAAGGGUGUUCCACACCUUAGUGGAGGAGAUGAAAGCCAUAGGACUUGUGUCUGCAGAUGAUUCCACGUGUACGGAUGUGAUGGUUCCCAUGGCUCACAAAGACAGAAGCCCUGUCCUCCUUUUCAUGGGUGGUGGCAUGGGAGCUGGUAAAAGCACUGUUCUCAAAGACAUCCUCAAAGAGCCAUUCUGGGUUGAAGCAGGAGGAAAUGCAGUUGUGAUAGAGGCAGAUGCCUUCAAAGAAUCAGAUGUCAUCUAUAAAGCCUUGAGUUCUAGGGGCCAUCAUGACAUGCUCCAAACUGCUGAAUUGGUGCAUCAAUCAUCUACGGAUGCAGCUUCGUCUCUACUAGUGACAGCGCUAAACGAAGGGCGAGAUGUGAUCAUGGAUGGCACUCUCUCGUGGAUUCCAUUUGUGGUGCAAACAAUCACAAUGGCUAGAAAUGUGCACCGGCGGCGUUACAGGAUGGGGCACGGCUACAAAGUUGAGGCAGAUGGAAGUGUGACAGAGAACUAUUGGCAGAUUGAUAAUGAAGAAGAAGAUCUAUAUCUGAUUGAUGGGAGUAGGAAGAGAAGGCCUUACAGAAUAGAGCUAGUUGGAGUUGUUUGCGAUGCUUAUUUAGCCGUCAUUAGAGGCAUAAGGAGAGCUAUCAUGUGUAGAAGAGCAGUGAGGGUGAAUUCACAGCUGAAAUCCCACAAGAGAUUUGCCAAUGCAUUCACAACAUACUGCAACCUAGUAGAUGUUGCAAGAUUGUACAGCACAAAUGAUCUUGAAGGCCCUACUAAGCUGAUAGGAUGGAAGGACAAGGACAGGACACUAUUGGUGGAUCCGGACGAGAUAGAUGUGUUGAAGGUUGUGGGGAGGUUAAACGAGGAUGCAGAGUCCAUAUAUGAUCUUUACAAGCAUCCUAAUCCAGCUUAUCAAAAAGGAUCGGUGUGGAAGGACAUUGUGUUGUCUCCUUCAAGGUCGAACAUUCAAAAGGAGCUCAAAUAUUCUAUCCAGAAAAUUGAGAAUUUAGGAGCAUCAAAAAAGAAAAUUGAAGGAAAGCUCUAG